CUCACCUCGGUGCUAUGAUCCAAACCCGGUGUCUCUUCCUCUGUCAGACAUUUAAACCAUGUAACCCACCGAGUCCGGGGACAGUGAGGCUUCUCGGUGUCCAAACAACUGCAACAAAGCGACGCAGUGGACACGAGUUUCCUCCAUGGAGCAUAACCGGACUGAGACACUGAUUCAGUGGUGAAGGAGACUUUAAGAGCUCCAGCCCCUGCUGACAACGUCCCAGACGUAAACACGCACCCAGACGUACCAGUUACCCAGUUCAGCGGACAGGAAGACAACAUGGCCUCCUGCUCGAUACCUGGGAAUCCCCCCAGUGGCCUCACAGACAGGAGCGGCAGCUUCUUUAAGCUGAUUGACACAUUUGCGUUGGAGAUCGGGGAGCUGAAGAGAGAGAUGGUCCAGACCUCUCCUGCAGUUGACAGGGAACCUGUGGAUCUACAGGGGCUGGAGAGUGAAGUGAGUGGUGUUUACCUGCAGUCCCCCCAGUGUGGUGGGGUGGGGGGCGAAAGGGAUUCUGGUUACGACUCCUUGCGAAGACGUAUGAGUGUGUUGGACAGGCUGACUCAAACUCACCCGGUGUGGCUACUGCUGGCAGUCAGUGAAGAGGAGGCCAGUCGCAUCUUGCUCAAACAGCCACUUGGGGUGUUCUUGGUCAGGAAGUCAACCGCUCUGCAGAGAAAAGUUCUGUCUGUGCGUCUGAAAGAAGAUCAGUCAGGGACUCCCAUCAGCCACUUCCCUGUCAGAGAAAGCCAGUACACCUUUUCUCUCGAGGGAUCUGGAAUCAGCUUUGCAGAUCUGUUCCGCCUGGUGGCUUUCUACUGUAUCAGCAGGGAUGUCCUGCCUUUCACACUCAAACUCCCAGAGGCCAUUGCAUCUGCUAAGACUCAGAAAGACCUGGAGGAGGUGGCUCAGCUUGGAGCAGGCUUCUGGGACUCUGCCCUGUGCAGUCAGCGUCGCACUUCUCCUCGUCCCUGCCGCCCUCUGAGCCGCACACUCAGCCCCCAGCGGACCAACAGGAACAGGGAGGUCGAGGGGUCACAGCAGAGACACACCGGGGCUCACUGUGACAGUGCACCCCCGACCCUACGGUCCCACGCCCCUCCACCUUCCUUUCAUCUGGAGAGGAGACAUUCCAGUGGUCCUCUGUGCUUCGUCAACCCCCUGUUUCUCCAGACUCAUCAGCACCGCCGUUGUGAAGACGAUCCACCUUCACAUGCUGUCAAGUCCAGUAGCAACCUGGAGAAUGCAGGGCAGUCAUCUGAGAAGCUGUUAAGCAGCAGUCAAGGUAGCGAGUCAAACGUGGACAAGACCAAAUUGAACGGCAAAUCACGCCCCCCUCCCCCUCGACCCCCUCCUCCCCGCUCCAUGCCACGCCGGCGCCCUGCCCCACCUCCACCUGGACCUCCAGCAGCCACUGCCAGACCCAAGAGCAUGCCAGUGGCCGUUGCUGUCUCUACAAGGCAACAACAGUCCUCCGUCAGGCGCCCAGCACCCGCUCGGCCAUCAAUGGGUGCCAAGCAAAGCAGCCCAUCCAAAACUGCAAGCUCGCCGAUCUCCGUGCCUUCAAACCGACCACCUCCAAGGCCUAAGAAGCCUGAUCUGGAAGCUCACCGCUGCCACAUUGCCCUGGAUGAUGAGACUAUUGCCAGAGCUCUGUCCCGUGCCAAGCUCCCCACCUGCCAGCCUCCACCUGCUGUCCCUGCUGAUGUACUACUGGAGAAUAACGCCGGGAGUCCGUCCCAUCCGAAGGAGAGGGGACGCCAGCGGCUCAGUGACAUGAGCAUGUCUACUUCUUCUUCUGACUCACUGGAAUAUUCGCAGUCUCCGGGAUUCUCCCUGGGCCUGGCCCCUAGCCCAUCCAGACACCUUAAUCAUCAAGACCCAGUGGAGGACAGCAGUGACGACGACGAGGAUGGGGAAGAAGAUGAGGAGGAGGACUACGGAGUCAGUCUGGAAACGGACCUCGAGAUGCGUCUACGUCCCUCGUUCAAGGCGCGGAGGCGAAGGGUCGGUGUGAGCCUGAGUGGCGGCUCUUUCAUCCUCCCCAGGGCCCUGAAGGGACGGUUUCGCAAAGUAAGCGGCAUGCUGAGCUCCCUGAUGACCCCGGAGAGACGGGCGGUGAAAAGGAUUGCUGAGCUGUCCAGGGACAAAAGCUCGUACUUUGGCUCCUUAGUCCAAGACUAUAUCAACUUUGUUCAGGAGAAUCGAGGCUGUCACACCUCAGGGAUUGAUUUUCUGCAGACUCUCAGGCAGUUUUUGACACAGAUGAAGGCUUACCUGCGCCAGAGCUCUGAGCUGGACCCUCCUAUUGAAUCACUCAUACCUGAGGACCAGAUCGACCAGGUGCUAGAGAAGGCCAUGCACAAGUGUGUCCUAAAGCCUCUGAAGAGCGUGAUUGACACGGUUUUACAUGACUUCCAGGUGAGCAGCGGAGCUUUGCAGCAGCUAAAGGAGAACCUGGCCCUGGCUAAGGCCAAGAGGCCCCAGGAGUUAGGGGUGGACGGAGCUGUGCCCCCUGACCCCGUGGCUAUUGAGAAGAUCCGCCACAAGUUCGUCAACAUGAGCAAGAUGUACUCCCCUGAGAAAAAGGUGUCACUGCUGCUGCGUGUGUGUAAACUCAUCUACACCAUCAUGCAGGAUAACUCAGGGAGGAUGUACGGUGCUGAUGACUUCCUGCCCAUGCUCACUUAUGUGGUGGCUCAGUGUGACAUGCCUCAGCUGGACACAGAUAUCCAGUACAUGAUGGAGCUGCUGGACCCAUCUCUGCUGCAAGGAGAGGGGGGCUACUACCUGACCAGUGCGUACGGAGCCAUGGCCCUCAUCAAGAACUUCCAGGAGGAGCAGGCAGCCCGGGUGUUGAGCUCUGAGGCCAGGAACACACUACACCAGUGGCACAGACGGCGCACUGCUCAGCGUUCAGCGCCCACUGUGGACGACUUUCAGAACUUUCUCCGUGUAGCCCUUCAGGAAGUGGACACAGGCUGCACAGCCAAAACCCUGAUCGUCCAACCUUACACGACCACAGAGGAGGUCUGCUCACUCUGCGCUUACAAAUUCAAAAUCCCUGACCCCGACACCUACGCACUGUUUCUUGUCACUGAGGACACCAGCCAGCAGCUCGCCCCAGACACACACCCUCAAAGAAUCAAAGCCGAGCUCCACAGCCGGCCCCGAGCACAGGUCUUCCACUUUGUCUACAGGAGAGUGCCUAACCUUAACCUCUGUAUCCCUGCCAUAAUGCACAAUGGGAACUGCCUUCAAGUUGAAUAGCGCAGGAGAAACUAACAGCUUUCUGCACUUGAUCCUAAACAAAAGUUAUGUUUUGUGGUGUUCUGGUGGUGCUUGCACGUUUGUUUUGUAGAUAGAUUUGAGGACGUCUGAAUGGAAACAGAAACCAAGCUGUACAUUGGCAUAUUGAGGCAGAUAUAAAAAGUCUUUGAUCAGAUAUGAUGCCAUGCAAACGAUAUGGUGAGUUAUUUUUAUGAAGAACCACCAGGGGAUAGGAUGGACUGUGGGAAGUGCUGGUGUUUCAUUCAAACACUUUAAGACUGUGGCUCAGAUUUAGGUCAGAAAAGGCUAAUGGUAAGUUGCAAGUUUAAUUCAGGUUGUCGACAAUUCAACCAUUUAGAGACCAUCUAUCUGGUUAGAUUAGGUGGUAUGCUGAGCGGAAAUUGUCGAAUAGUUUAGAGUGGCUGGUUUACAGGGUUUUUGGUAUGUAAAGUAUUAUAAAGAGGUGAAAAGUUCUUCAGAUUGUUGGACAGGUGUACCAUCCUUAAAGGUACUGUAUGUAACUUUUUACAUGUUAUUGUUUAAUAUUGCCGAUGGGUAAACAGAUAGUAACAUAACUUAAAAACUGAGACUUUCCCGACUUUCUUUGUUGCCUAUAACAGCCUCGGGACUGACUUCUGUGUAAAGGACAGGGGCCAAAUUUUCUGGGAAAAUCCAAAGGAAGUGAUGAACCUUGACCAAGAAACCCUUUCUGGCAUAAAGCCCUCAAGGCCAACUCCUCUCAAUAGCAUGCUGCACCUCUCUGCAGCUUCACAACAGUGUGCAACAGUAGCAAACAUUAGUUAAAGGUCCCAUAUUGUGAAGAGUCAGAUUUCCAUGUCUUUUUAAAAUUAAAGCAGGUAUAGGUGCUUUAUAAAUACUGUGAAAGUAUCAAAACGCUCAGUUUACAGAGCAUUGCUCACAGUUUGUAUUCAGAAACUGUGCCUGUAAGCAAGCUGUCAGGAUUUCUGUGAAUUUGUGAUGUCACAAGUAUACCACAGACUAAAUCGGUCCUUUUGUAUUCCUCAUUGGGAUGUUUGUGUGUGACUGACAUCAGCUGACAGGAAGUAAACAUGGAUCCAAGCCAUAAUUCAGACAGAGGGUGAUUACAGGUGUAUUCAGGCAGGCAGUAUGAGGAAAAUUCUGAUUUUUGUACAUUAAAGCUUGUAAACAUGUCCCUGUGGAAACCCAAAAUACAAGUGUGUACCUGAAUAUGAGCAAAAUAUGGGACCUUUAAGAAAUAAAGUCUGUUAACAUCAACAAACCACCGACAUCCACCAUAACAAGGGUCCACUAUAAUAUAUAUUUUGCAGUGGCAGCCAGGAGACAGACCUUCACUUUCAGCUGAGGUUUGUGCUGGCUGAAUUUGGGUUGUUAGAGCCGCUGAAUGAAGGUCUGUUUCCAGAGCUACCAUCCGCGUUCCUCCAGGAGAAGUCGUUUCUGGAAGGACAGUGGGGUGCGCUAGCAAUAUCAGUCAAUAUCAUCAAUAUCAAUAUCAUAGUAUCAGUGCCCCCUAGUGCUGAAAAAAAUCCCAGAGGAAACGGUGACAUGUAAAACAUAUUUGGAUAUUGUGGUUCUAUCUGGCUCAUGUUAGCUAACAUUAGCUUGCAAACGAAUUGCUAGAUAGCAAACGUAGCAUUGAGUGGAUAACGUCUGCUAAUUCAUCCAGACUCUCAGGGCUGGUUUGCAAAUUAGUUAACCAGCUAUGAAGCAACCCAUGGCAGAUCCAUGAGGGGUAGCUAAGUUAAGCUAAGGUUAGCCAGCUAGCUGUAAAGCUACGCUUCCUGGAUCUGCUGUCGGUUGCUUUGUAACAUCAGCAGAUAAGGUCAUUAGCAAACAGCAAGCUAGUUAGCAUCACGGAGCCAAUGGUCCAAAUUGAAUGCAGGAACAUACCAAUGGCAACAUUAAAUACUAAAUACGACUGUAAUUUAUUUUCCAGUAUUCUAUCAAACAGGAUGUCGGUCGAUCACGGUCAGUCUUUUGUUAGUCACUGUUGCGCUUGGGGCUACAGAGGGUGCUGACAGCAGUUCACUUAACGGCCUCAGAGAGAGGUGUCAUUAAAAACAAGUUACAUACAGAACCUUUAACACGGAGGUCAUCUAGUUUAUAUUGCAUUUUAUAUAACUAAUGUUUGCCUAAACUGCUGUUAUCCCAGGUGCCUUCAAAACAAAUUGAACAUCCUGUAUCUACUGAAAGCUCUCCGCUCUCAUCCAGUGAUGAGUCAGCUUUCAUCAAAGUGACCCAGAAAACAAAAACAAAAAACAACACAGUGCUAAAACAUUGAUUUAUUAAGUAAAAUGAACUAUUGUAAAAGUUAUGAUUGUUAUUUUUAUUGCUCUUGUGUUUAUUUUCUGCAAUUGCUGGUCAAUUGUAGCGUGUAUGCCUGUGUAGAAAUAUUUUUAUAUUCAAAUGUUUCCUUUUCAUCACUAAAGAUUUGUAUUCUGACAUAAUAUUUCUGUACUGGACUCGAUAGUGGACUUGGAUUUAUGCCAGUUAUUUCUCAAAAGUCAGUUUAAAACAACACUGUCUCUGUUAAUUGUUAUGUAAAGCUCAAAGCUGACUGUGGAAAUAUAAAAAAUAUCUCCAAACGAGGCUACUUGCUGACUCUUACAUUAUAUUAUUUUCAGGAAAUUUUGCUACUGUAUUUUAAAGAGGAAGUGUCACUUUUUGGGCAUAAAAUUAGGUGUCUGUGUUGCACAAUAAUACCCAGACAAUAAAGGAACAGCAGGAUUUUACAUGAUCUCUAAGAUGUAAUUCACAUACAACAGGCUGUAAAAUGCACAAUUGGUAACACAUUGUUCAGUCUGCAAACAUAUACAAAUUAAACUGAUUAAGACAUGAUUUUCAGAGCAUGGUCUAAACAGAAGGGAAUAUUUGUGGAGUAUUUCUGUGGUUUAAUGUAUAAAGUCAAAUGAACAAUU